CUCGGGCUCAUCCUAUUGCUUUUGUGCUCUAGCGCCUUGCUAGCAGUGUCAUGAGUUAGACCUUGUUUAUAUCUGGUUGGAGUCAUCCGAUUCCAUCCCAUGGUCCUCCAGCAUUAAGCUUCUAUCCUGGAGAUAGAAUGGCCGGACGCUUUAUCCUUUUCACUGUUUCCCUUUCUUGCUGUACCUACCUUUGUACUAUUGCCCUGUGGAGUCCCCCAUGGGCGAAUUUUCCCCCCUUUGUUUUUUUCCCUUUGAUUUCUUUUGGGUGGAUGGAAGUCCCAAGGCCUCAGAUCUGGCUUUAUUGCGAGCCGGUGAUCUCUGAGGCCAAGACGGACCAGAGUACAUGAUUUUGAAAUGAUGCCUGUGGAACCCUCACGAAUGAA